AUGCCCCUACUAGCCGCUGCCCGCAACUGCACCUAUCCAUUCGCAACGAACGAAGACGUUGGAUGGCAGCCGGGCGCCUGCUACCGCGGUACAUUCAACAUCAUCAGCACUUGCAUUACUACAAUUGUAGCUUGCACAUGGAGCAUUCAGCACCUGAACGUGCCAGCGAGGCUGGACAGCACCUUUGCCCAGACGAUUCGUAAAGUCAAGUGGAUGGUUGUCACUGUUCUAUUCCCAGAAUUGGUUCUCAUUCACGCCGUCUUUCAAUUCUACAUGGCCUUGACUGCCCUUGCCAUGAUGAAGGAGAAAGGGAAGGCCGUUGAGUGGCCGUGGUGGUUUCGCAGGCCUCCUUUCUCAUGGUUGCCAUACAAUCGCCAGCACUUGUCAUGCAAUGACAUGGAGAAGCAAGCUGAGGUGCACAGUUCAAAAAAGUGGACUUUAACGCAUUGCUAUUUCGCCAAUAUGGGGGGCUUCAUCCUCAAGAGACCGAGGCACGUCAGUGGAGGAAAGAUUGGUGGAGAAGCAAUGAGUUACCCCGUCACUGCGAAUCAGCUGGCGGGGAGCUCUUACACAUAUGCACCCAUCUUGACGGAGGAAAUCGAGGACAAGAGCAAACAGAACUGGCUAGCAAAAUCGCUCGCCGCCCUUCAAAUCUUGCAACUGAUUUUGUCGGUCAUCGCGAGGCAUAUUCUGGGUGCCGCGUUCUCACAGCUCGAGACUGUGACGUUGAGUUUUGCAUCUUGUGGUAUCCUGAUAUACAGCAUCAACUGCUACAAGCCUCAGAACAUUGACUGA